GUGACAUUCCACCACAACAAAAAAAGUGCACUUUUUUCUUUCACAUAAAUAAACUUACUUUCAAUUUUCCCCCUAAACAAAACUAAAAAAAAAUCAAAGUAAAUUCCUCAUUUACAGGCAUCUUUACCUUAUUUGUUCAAACCAAAGGUUAUCAAGAAUCUUACAGAGCAUGCAAUUAACCACAUUUUUAGUUUGAUACUUCUUCCAACACUAAAUUGUGACCACAACAGAAUACAUUCCAAAAAUUAAAGACAAACAAUAUAACUUAUGCCAAAAAUCCUCUUAUCAACCCACAGUAUGCAUCAACGACGACGAAAUAUAAAUAGAGAUAAAUCAGGUUACACCCGCAUCGAUCCUUCGACUUACGACACUGCCGAUGGUAUCCAUUCCGACCAAUUCGAUGAGGAAUCACUCACUCAGAGGCGAUUGCCUCUGACACAAAUUAUCCUCAUCAUGGGAUUCAUGAUCUUGGGAGCAAUUUGCAUCUCAUUCAGUAUCCUCAUAUCGGCCAGUUACUUCGAUGCCAAGUACCAAGACCGAGUCUGGCCACUCCUUAUGGUUGGAAUUUUGAUGUUUAUUCCAGGAGGUUACUAUGGAUACAUCUUGAUUUGUAUUCUAUUCAAAAGAGACGGUUUCUCCUACGAUGAUAUUCCUAUUUUUCAGUGAUUCUUUUUAUUUAUUUAUUCAUACAAAAAUAAAACAACAGCAAAAACCUAAAGACAAAAAUAAUGUGCAAUGCAAUUAUUGUAAUCAAAUAUUUUCAAUUUUACCAAAAAAUAAAAAAUCAAUAUGAAAA